UAGACAUCGCACAGUUCUUCAACAAUCUUAUAUACAGAGAGAACAAAGGAGAGAGGAGGAAGGUAUAACUUCUUUCCUGAGAGAUCCUUUAAGAUAACAAAUAUGGCUGACACUGCUGUACAAUUCUUGGUUGGGAGCAUUGGAUCCCUUCUUCAGAAAGAAGCAGCCUCGUUAGGAGCAGUCCGUGGUGAAAUCAAUGAGCUUAAGCUUGAACUAGAAAGCACGAGAUCAUUCUUGAAGGAUGCAGAUGAGUUCAAAGAUGAUAGUGAAGGGUUGAGACUAUGGGUGACACAAGUAAGGGACAUAGCAUACAAGGCUGAAAACAUAAUUGAUGAGUUCAUGUAUCAUAUGGGUGGCCAACUAAACAGAGGUGGUGGUUUCAGGAGUUUCCUUGGAAGAGUUGUUCACCUCCCCAAGGAACUCCUGGUGAAGCAUCGAACUGCCAUCAAGUUGCAGGAGAUCAGUGCCGAGAUCAAGGCCAUUGCAAAAAGGAGCAAAAGAUAUGAAUUUGGUAGAAUAGAAGAAGGUCAAAGCUCACAUGCUGCUCCAACAUCGGUACAGAACCUUGCAGAGUCUGCAUUGUUUAUUAAUGAUGACGAUGUUGUGGGGAUUCAGAAGGAAAUAAACUCAUUAUUGAAGUUGUUGAUUGAAGGAGAAAUGCAACGAACUGUCAUUUCAGUUUGGGGCAUGGGGGGUUCUGGUAAGACAACUCUGGUUGCUAAAGCCUACAACAAUGAAGCAGUGAAGCGGUGUUUUGACUGCUACGUGUGGGUUACUGUCUCCCAGCACUAUGUGAUUGAGGACCUGCUUAGAAAGAUGAUUAAAGAACUUUUUUGCGGAAGGAAAGAAUUAGUACCAUCAAGCUUAAGCUCCAUGGGUUACAAACAGUUGAUGGAAAUUCUAGUGGAGUUCCUGCAACAGAAAAGGUAUGUCAUUGUUCUAGAUGAUGUAUGGGAUGUUAAUUUUUGGAGUCAAAUUAAACUUGUACUUCUAGAUGGUAGAAAUGGAAGCCGAAUCAUUCUAACAACCCGAAACAGAGACAUAGCAUCUUACCCUUAUGGAGUUGCAUGCCAUGUUAUCCAGCAUAAUCCUCUUGAGGAUUGUGAUGCUUGGAUCCUUUUUUGCAAGAAGGCUUUUGCCAGUGAACCUAAUAAUCACUGUCCUCCAUAUUUAAAAAACCUUGCUUGGGCCCUCGUAAAAAAAUGUGAGGGUCUACCACUUGCUGUUGAGGCAAUGGGUGGUCUCAUGGCUUCAAAAGACAAGUCAGAACUGAAAUGGGGGGCAGUCUAUGACAGUUUCAAUUGGCAUUUGUGCAAAGAUUCCAAGCUCGAAGUGGUGAAAGCCAUUUUGUUGCUCAGCUUCAAUGGCUUACCAUACUACCUUAAGAAUUGCUUUCUGUAUUGCUGUCUUUUUCCUAGCAAUCAUUGGAUUUCAGCACAUAAACUUGUAAGACUAUGGAUGGCUGAAGGGUUUGUAGAAGAAAGGAAAGGUCUCACACCAGAGGAGGUUGCAAAAGGCUAUCUUAAAGAACUCAUCUCCCGAAGCCUGCUCCAAGUUACAAGGAAGAACAACACUUUUUUGAGGCCCAAAUUAUGCAAACUGCAUGAUCUAAUGCGAGAGCUUGCACUUUCUGUAUCUGAACAAGAUCAUUUCUGUUCUAUAUAUGAUCCACAGGGAAUAAAAGAUGAAAGAAUUGAUCGCCGCUUCUCCAUUCACACGUUUGGUCAUGCAAUACUUCAGCUGUGCAGAACUGAUAUGUCACAGGUUCGUUCUUUCUUUGCUUUUCAUUUUGACAAGUGCCAUACCUUUCCAUUAGAUCCAUUUCUAUCUGGUUUUAGAUUAUUAAGGGUAUUAGAGCUGAGAGAUGUGCCAAUUGAUAGUGUACCCAGAACAAUAGGUAAAUUAUUCAAUUUGAGGUACUUGAAUCUAAAAGGAACUCGUAUAAAGGAGCUCCCAAAAUCCUUGGGAAGGCUUAUGAAUCUGCAAACCCUGGAUCUUCGGAACACAAUGGUGAAGGCACUUCCAGAGGGGCUAGGUAAGUUGCACAAUUUGCGCCAUUUACUUGCUUAUGAUGGUGAUACUGGAAAGGAAGUAUUUACCUAUAUGAUAGGGGUGCAAGUUCCAGCAGACGUCUUGAAGUUAAAGAACUUGCAAGUCCUAACCUCUGUUGAAGCAAAUGGCGACAUAAUUAGGGGAAUUGGGAACAUGACUCAACUCAAAAGGAUAGGGCUUACAAAGGUGAAAGAAGAAGAUCAAUUAGCAUUGUGUGCCUCACUCCAAAAGCUUAAACUCCUUCGCCAUCUACUGGUAAUGGUAUCCAAUGAAGAGGAAACCCUUCGGAUGGAUGCUUUAUCAUCCCCUCCUCCACUUCUUAGGAAGCUCACUCUAAUUGGGAGAUUAAAUUGUGUGCCUCCUUGGUUUAGUUCACUUAGCAGUAUUGUCCAUUUGCAUUUGCAUUGGAGCCGGCUGAUGGAGGAUCCCAUUCCGUACAUAAAUGCAUUGCCCAAUUUGGAGCGCCUUGCUUUUGUCAAUGCAUAUGAUCAUGGCAUAAAGAAAUUGUGCUUCCAUGAAGGCUUUCCUAAGCUUCAGCACUUGUCUGUACUUGUUUCCCCUGAAUUAGUUGAAAUAAUAAUUGAGAAGGGUGCGAUGCCAAGCCUCUCACGCAUAAGUCUGUGUGUAUGUACCAAAUUGAAGAAGGUGCCCCUUGGCAUUGAGUACCUCACCAACCUCCAAGAACUGGAACUGAAAGAUGUUUCAGAUGAACUUGUCAAUAGCAUACGAGGAGAAGAAAGCUUUGAUCAUCCAAGAGUUCGCCACAUCCCAGUGAUCAACCACUACCAGCAGACAACAUCAUUCUGCAAAUUUGAAAGCCUAUCUUAGGUUUUUGUGGGGGACCAUCAUCAUGAGUCAUCACAGAUUGAUUGAAGUUGAAAGUGGAAAGUUGAUAGUUAUCAUCCAGUGUGACUAGGAACAAAUCUGGUUUCUGAACUAGAGAAGGUAAAAUUGCCUCAGCUACCAGUAUAUCAGCUCUCUGAGGCAGAUUGGUUGGGGUUGGAAAUUAAAGUUUGCAUCCAAUUCAAUUCAAAAGGGUAUUUAGAUUGAAAUUUGCAUCCAAUUCAAUUCAAAAGGGUAUUGUAUUUAAACUUUAUAGCAUAAGAGAUUGUCUGGUUGCUUUGUAAUCUUGUUGAAUAACCGUAUUCUAUUGUCGGUUGUAUGUACUUUGAGAAGUUGGUAUGCUUACAUUCUUGUUGUGCA